AUGUAUCUGCCUUUCCUUACCUCAAAAGACUCGGACGGAACCUUUGGCCUCGAUUGGAUUACACCUGGUCGUCUCCAAACAAUAACUGACAUCCGAGUAUGCAGUAUUUGUAUCCUGGUCUACCUUUUCCUCGUAGCUGCGCCAGCUCUCUCCACUGUCACUCGGGUUCCCGUGCGUCGCAAUGCCAACUACGACGCCGAUGGGAGCAAAUCACUCAUCUGGCUCUACAACAAGUACAACAUCACGCCAGCCUGUCCCGGUCCGUUCUAUCGUGACAGUAACGGCGUGCUCAAGAAACGUCAGGACGAUGCUGCUUCCACUGAAGUUAAUGCAGAUGAUCAGCUAAACGACACAUUCUACACCUGCCCGAUUUGGAUUGGUACUCCUGGUCAGCAACUUGAAGUGACUUUUGACUCUGGCUCUGCCGACACUUGGGUUUGGUCCUCUCGACUCUCGCCCCAGACCGUCGCCCUCGCCAAUUCUCGCGGGUCAGCAAUCUAUGAUCUCGCCAAGUCGACUUCUUACACGAACUUAACUGGCAGUACGUGGCUUGCACGUUACGGCGAUGGCUCGUCAGCGUCAGGCACAGUUGUCACAGACGUCCUCCAGGUUGGCGACAUCACCGUUGAAAACCAGGCGAUCGAGGUAGCCAACACACUAUCAUACUCCUUUAUCACCCAAGCGGCCUCCGAGGGCAUCUUAGGGCUGGCAUUUAGCAGACUCAAUAAGGUCCAACCAGUCCCUCAGAAAACGCCCCUCGACAAUAUGAUUGCACAAGAGGACAUUCCCGGUAGCCAGGCGUUGUUCACGUGCUAUUUAGGCUCCUACAAGGACGCCGGUGAUCCAGACCAGGGUAUAUCAUUCUUCACAUUCGGUGAGAUCGACCAAGACGUGGUGAAAGCCACAGGCAGGCAAAUCAGCUACACUCCUGUCAAUGACACAAAGGGGUUCUGGCAGAUCGACUCUGAGUUCAUCACGAUCAACGGGAAGAAGACUGCGUUGGUGGAUAAUACGGCGAUCGUGGACACCGGGACCACCCUAGUAAUCAUUGAAGACGAGCUGGUCGCGGAGAUCUAUUCCACCAUUCCUGGGGCCAGAUUCGACGCACAGGAAGGAGGGUGGGUCUUCCCUGCCAGCACCCCUGCUGAUAAGAUGCCCACAGUUGUGUUGGCUGUUGGUCAAACCGAGGUCAUCAUUGAAAAGGAACACCUGGGUUUCACACCUGUUAAGAAGACAGGAAUGGUCUACGGUGGCAUUCAAGGUCGUGGCAAUUCGAAAUACAACAUCUUCGGCGAUACCUUGUUGAAAUGUGUCUAUGCGGUGUUCGAUGCAGGCAACAUGCGGUUUGGCGUCGUCCAGCGUGUCGAUGAAACCCAGAACAUUGCGGUUUAG